AUGUCACCGACCAGUACCCUCCCCUAUGAGAUCCUCUUCAAACUCGUUAACAACACCCUGGACAAGGUUUCAAUGCGCGCGCUGCGUCAAGAAAAUGGCUCCCAGGCGGGAGCGACGAUUCACAUGCACCACGAGGAGAACGUCUCUCUCGUCCUCACUGCCGGUUCACCGUAUCAUUACGCGGUAAGACAGCACGGGACGGAGGCAAAUAUACGAGUUAAAGUAUGGCAGGAUACGCAGUGCAACAUCUCGGAUGUUCUCAAAGCAUUGAAGUCAGCCUCUGGAGAGGCUGCGACAGUAGCGGAUGGUGUCACCGUGAUGCGUCCGAUGAAGUCAUGA